AUGAGCUCUAGUGCUAUUGAGUCCUUCAAUAACUGGAUACUUGAUGCACGGCUUAUGCCGAUAAUGAAUUUAGUUGAAGAGUUGAGGUCCAAAAUUAUGAUUCAAAUGUUGCGUAGAAGAGAAGAAGCAUCGCGUUGGGUUUCUCAGAUUUGUCCAGACAUGGAUGCAAAGUUAGCUAAAAGGAUUGACAAGGGGAGGUCGUGGAGGGUUUAUAAAUCAAAAACCGGCUUGUAUGAGGUGAAAUCUGUACCUGCUGUUCUAGUAAAUCUUGAGGAAGGGACAUGUUCUUGUGGAGCCUGGCAAUACAAUGGUUUCUUAUGUGCUCAUGUCGCAACGGUGUUAGUCAAGACUUGUGGAGAGGAGGGAUCUUUGGCUGGUUACAUUGAUCCGUUUUAUCAUGUUGAGGCAUAUCGGCUCACAUAUCAAGAUAAUAUCCAUCCAAUUCUAGCUAUGGAUAUUCUUGAUUUCACACAAGGAAGUACUCAGGUUAUCAAAGCUCCAAAAAAUAGGAGACAAGCUGGAAGACCUUGCGUAAAGCGCAUUCGUUCUAGGGGUGAAGAACAAUCCUCUGCUAGGCCAAUGAAAUGUGCAAGGUGCCAUAAGCUUUCUCACCACAACCGCAGGACAUGCAAAUGGGCUACGGAUGAUUGA